GAGCCCAGUCAGGCUCGGUGCGGAGCCGUGGCGGGCGAGAGGGCGGCAGCCCCAGGUGCGGAGCCCCAGGUGAGGAGCCCCGGCGUGGUCCUGCGGAACCCUGGCUCCUAACGGGGCGCCCCCAGCCACGGGGGCCCGGGACGCCGCCACCGCCGCGCUGAAGGGGAAGGGUUCUUUUCCUGUACGGUACUUGGGGGUGCUGGCAGCUAGAGCAAGGGGCAGAAAAGGAGGGGCCCAGAAGCCAGCAGCCCGAGAUGAUGUGGAGAAGAAAGACCCCCAGGGACCCUCCCAACAGACCGGCACCCCUGUGUCAGAGCCGAGCCGGGGGGGCCCUCCUGCUGCUGCUGCUGCUGCUGCCGCCCCCCGUCCUCUGCAGCGCUGGGCCCAGGGUGCCCCUCAUCGGAGCCCUUGGAGCCGGUGCCCACAGCCUGCCUGAUGCAAUCCCAAGCACCCCCAAGCCUCUGAGAGGAGGUCGGGGGCCAAAGCCAGUGCUGUCGCCCCUGCUCCAAGGCCAGGCGCAGGCCGGGGCCCGGGGCAAGCCGGGCCAACGGGAGAGGGUCCGGGGCCAGAGCCAGGGCCCCCGGAGGGCGAAGCUCGAUUGCCACCUGCGCACAGAGCUGGUGAGGGUGCACGAGCUGGGCCUGGGCCACGACUCGGACGAGCUGAUCCGCUUCCAGUACUGCAGCGGGGCCUGCCCCAAGGUCCGCUCCAACCAUGACAUCAGCCUGGCGCACCUGCUGCGCACCGGCCGCCUGCGCCUCCCCGCCCAGCCCGGGAGGGGCUCCGUCCGGGUGCUCAGCCACCCCUGCUGCCGGCCCACGGCCUACAAGGCCGUCUCCUUCAUGGACGUCAGCAACACCUGGAGGACGGUGGACAGCCUCUCUGCCGCCGCUUGUGGCUGCCUAGGCUGAGGCAGUGGCCCCCUCCUGGAGCCCGAAGCCGUUGGCAGCCCACCCCUCUGGGCUACUCACCUGCCGGCCAGGCAGGCGGCCGUGGAGAAGCCCCCGGAAGGCCUGCCGGACCCUGGGAGCAGAAGAGAUGGACAGCUGCUGGGACCCCAGACCCCGGCCUUUGGCAGGGGGCCACAGAGUGCCGCAGCAGCCGAGGGGAGGCACGAUUUGUACGCCUGGUCUGAGGAGAGCCGGGCCCUGGGGCAGCCCCGGGCCCUGGGGCAGCUAUUUAUUACAUAAGUUAUUUAUUUAUGCCCCGGUUAGAGGAGGGAGGGCCACCAGUUUAGGAAGCCAGGGAGGUCUGAGAUGGUAGAAGGUCAGCUUUGACUCCCAGCAGCACAGGAGCUGGCUCCGGGACCGGACCACGGGGUUCUCCCUAUUCCACCCUACUGAGCCCCGGCCACAGCCAGUUAGGGAGUGGGGAGGGGGACAACAAAGGACGCAGGGUUGGGAGCCAAGUUCUCAGCUAGUCCUAUGACCACAGCCCCUCUCCCUCUCUGAGCCACAACGUCCUCCUCUGUCCAAUAGGAGUAACUGUCCAUAAUCCCGAUGACCUCCCAAAGUGAGGUGGUCUCACUUUGUAACCUGGAAAGUACCAGAGGAAGGUGCUCCCCAAAUGAACCAAUGUUACUGCUGUGGGCUGGGCCAGAAAACAUUCCCACACGCCCGGCCCUCUCCAGUGAGCUCAUGCCAGGCGCUGAGAUGCCCAUUCCCUCCAAGAAGCAGCUCCUCUAGCCACCUGAAGAUGACCCUGAAAGAGCAGCAGCCUGGGGAAAGGUCCACUUCCAGCAGUCGGGGCUCCGUCCAUCUCCCCAGUCCCUGGGACAGGGGCCUUCCCACCAGAAGUGAUCUCCCAACCCAACUGCAGAUGGGCAGCUCAGUUCUGGCUUCUCCCUCCCCCAGUUUAAGCCCAAAGUCACAGGUGGCCAGAACUAGAAGGGCCCAGAGAAACCUCAAAUCAAACCUUUCUGAGAACCUUCUAGUGAUAUGCCCCAAAGUGGUUGUCCAGCCAGUGGACGCCGUGUUUAACAAGGUCACUGAUGGGCUGAAGAGCUUCUUUCUAGAGGAGGUGAUCAGCAUGGAGAAGGGUCUGGAACCUGUGUAUCUGGGGAAUCAUUGGAGAAAUUGAGCAUUUUUAACCUGGAGAAGAGAAGCGUUUGAGAGAGGGGGGCCAGAUUAGCUGUCACAUUGUGAAUGGAUUUGAUUUGAAGCACCAAGGUUUAGGGGAUAUAGCUUUCCUGACCUGAGGUCAGAAGCUGUAGAUUCAAAUUCUGGCCCUGUCAUUUGCUACUGGUAGAACUUGAUUAGGCCCUUUCCUUCCCUCUUUCCUCAUCUAGAGCAUGGUAGGAUUGGAGUCUCUGAGGUCCCCGAAUCUUGGGAUUUUACAGAAUAAAGAUAUCGGUCUUUGGA